CUUUCAUUCUGCUCUGCGUGCUCCUGCUGAUCAGAACUGUCGCCAGGCGGAAGGCUGGGUCGAGGAUCCCCGGACAUCAGGAUGUUUGCAGUGGUCAAGAAUAAGGAGAUAUUUUGUGAUAUAUUUUUCAACCACUUCAAGAAAAAUAAAGUGGAGAUAGCAAAUGCAAUAACAAAGCUGUUUCCUUUCCUAGAGGGCCUCAGAGACCGAUCCUUUAUCACCGAACAAAUCUAUGCUGAUUCUCAAGAAGCCUUUAGAAACUUGGUUCCUGUAGCCAGAGUGGUGUACCAUGUUCUUGGCCACCUUGAGAAGGUGUUUGAUUGGUCACUUCUACAAACCCUGUUCAGCAAAGUGAACCUGAAGGAGUACCCUGGCUUAAUACAGAUUUAUAAAACCUUUGAAAAUGUGUUCCAAGAAAAAUAUGUUUCCCAGAGAAGUGACCUGGAAGGAAGGCAACAAACGUCCAUCACUCAGCCAAGCCGUGAGCAAGAUCCCUCGUCUUACAAUGAAUGUCAUCCAGGAGCCAUCCUGCUUGGAACUAGAACUAGAACCUCAGAACCUGUCUGGGAUGUAAAGUCAAAGCGUAUAAAGACAGAACAGCCUAUCUGCAGCCCAGAGAAGGCUCUUGGAACUCAACAAGAAAAUUAUGACUGUGACCAAGCAGUUGCUGGUGAAUUCAGUGCUCUCCCAAUGAAGAGAGAGGAAGGGUCGGAAGAGAAGCCCAGCCCCCUGCAACGAGGCGGACAAGGGGCAAGGCGACGCAGAUACGAGGAUCUGGUGCCCACUUCCCUUGUGAGUCCGGAGGACCAGCAGAAGGCAAGGACCGUGCAGAGCCAAGUGGAUGAAAUCAUAGUUAUCAGCAGCGAGGACUCGAAAUCCAGUGACGAGGAAGAGCCCCAGGUGUCUCCCGCUCAGCACCAAGGUGCAGGAUUCAGGCYGGUGAGGAGGGUGCGGACCUCUGCCCCGGACUCCAGGAUCUCAGAGCUCCUGCUUGUUGGUGCACAUGGCUCGGAGGGCACUACCAGCCAGGGCCCUGCUAACCCUGGGCGCCCAUUCUUCACCCUUGCCUCGGCUGGCCCUUUGGGAAACGUGGGAAGGCAGGGCGGUACUCCCUGACUGCACGUCUGAAUGUCCGCAUAGAGACAGGAUGUAUGUUUCUGUUUUACACCUUUUUCUUUCUCAUGGUCGUACAUAUGAUAGGAUAACGAAAAUCACAUAAUUUGUCUUUGUCUCCAGUUCUUGAUCCAGAGUGGUAAGACCUCUGGAAUUUCUAGUGAGAAGAGCAUCUUUUAAAAACCAAGCAUAGGAUUACAGGGUUAGAUCUUUCAGCCCCACUUCUCAACCUCUGGAGAGAAGAGAGGAAUGGAAGAUUGAGUGCAUCAACAAUGGCCGAUAAUAAAAUGUCAGGUCUGCACAAUGACAGCUCAGAAAAGCCCCUGAACAAUGGGGCUCAGGGGCUACCUAGUUGGUGAAGUCACCGAUG